CACCUUGGUUGGGAAACACUGAGGGUUCGUUGCGAGUCACAUGACCAUACAGUGACGUCUCCAAACAAGGAGGUUAUUCACUAACGCAUGCUGGGAACUGUAGUUUUGACUUGAUCACGUGAUUCAUAUCCGCGCUGCUGCCGUGUACGGAGAGAGAAGAAGGUCAUACGGCAGCCGCGAAGGAGCUCCAGCGCGGGAAACGGCCUAAAGUGGAUGUCUUUCCUCAGAGCCCAGCCAUGAGCGCCUCGGGCCCCAGCUGCCUCCGUCCUCUCCCGUUAUGAUCUUCCCGAGAAGUUUACUAAUAUUCAGCCGGAGAUUGACACAUCUAACCAUCCGCUCCUGUUCCCAAAACUAUGCCAGUAUGUCGCUGAGAAUCCCCGUUCAGAAAGUCCUGUGUGUGGCCGAGAAGAAUGACGCCGCCAAGGGGAUCGCGGAUAUUAUGUCCAAUAGCAGGAUGAGGAGGAGAGAAGGAUUUUCCAAGUUUAACAAGAUUUAUGAGUAUGAAUAUCAUCUUUUUGGAAGGGACGUCACAGUCAUGAUGACUUCGGUGUCCGGGCAUCUGUUAGCGCUAGAUUUUCAGGGUCACUUGAAGUCCUGGCACAGCUGUAACCCCGUGUCCCUAUUUGAUGCAGAAGUUCAGAAAUUUUGUCCGGAUGAUUUUAUAAAUAUUAAGAAAACCCUUGAGCGGGAGGUGCGGCAGUGCCAGGCACUCAUCAUAUGGACGGAUUGUGAUCGAGAAGGGGAGAAUAUUGGCUUUGAGAUUAUCCAUGUCUGUAAAGCAGUAAAGCCGAAUCUGCAGGUGCUCAGAGCGCGCUUCUCUGAAAUCACCCCCCGAUCCAUACGAGCGGCCUGCGAGAACCUCAUCCAACCCGACCAGAAUGUCAGUGACGCUGUGGAUGUGCGAUCAGAGCUGGACCUUCGAAUAGGUGCCGCCUUCACCCGCUUCCAGACUCUCCGCCUCCAGAAGAUCUUUCCCUCGGUCUUAUCCAGUCAGCUCAUCAGCUAUGGGAGUUGUCAGUUCCCAACGUUGGGGUUUGUAGUAGAGAGAUUUAAAGCCAUCCAGGCCUUUGUGCCAGAGACCUUCUAUAAAAUCAAAGUGACUCAUGAACAUGAAGAAGGAACCGUGGAGUUUAACUGGAAGAGAAACCGUCUCUUUCACCACACGGCCUGCCUGGUUCUCUACCAGAUAUGUAUGGAGGACCCCACAGCUACUGUUGUUCAGGUUGGAAGUAAACCCAAAAGCAAAUGGAGGCCUGUAGCUCUGGACACUGUGGAGAUGGAAAAGCUGGUUUCUCGGAAACUGAGAAUAGGAGCUAAGGAGACCAUGAAGAUUGCGGAGAAGCUCUACACCCAGGGUUUUAUCAGCUACCCCCGCACAGAAACCAAUAUUUUCCCUAAGGAUCUGAACCUCACAUCACUGGUUGAGCAGCAGACGCAAGAUGCCCAGUGGGGGGGAUUUGCACAGCGGAUUCUGGAGAGGGGUGGGCCAACUCCGAGAAAUGGAAACAAGACAGAUCAGGCCCAUCCCCCCAUUCACCCCACUAAGUAUACCAACAGUCUGCAGGGUAAUGAGCAACGUCUCUAUGAGUUCAUCGUGCGCCAUUUUCUGGCCUGCUGCUCCCAGGAUGCUCAGGGUCAGGAGACCACAGUGGAGAUUGACAUCGCUGCAGAGAGGUUUUUCGCUCAUGGACUGAUGAUCAUUGCCAGGAACUAUCUGGAUGUUUACCCGUAUGAUAAGUGGAACGCUAAGUUACUCCCAGUGUAUGAGAUGGGUGCCCGAUUUCAGCCCACAACAGUGGAGAUGGUGGAUGGAGAGACCAGCCCGCCGCAGCUGCUCACAGAAGCCGAUCUCAUCUCCUUGAUGGAAAAACACGGCAUAGGAACUGACGCCACUCACGCCGAGCACAUAGAAACCAUUAAAUCCCGCAUGUAUGUGGGCCUCACACCGGAACAAAGGUUCCUUCCGGGAGAACUGGGGAUGGGACUGGUGGAAGGAUACGAUUCCAUGGGCUUUGAGAUGUCUAAGCCGGACCUUCGUGCCGAAUUAGAGGCCGACCUGAAGCUGAUCUGUGAAGGCAAGAAGGACAAGUUCACAGUCUUGAGACAACAGAUUGAGAAAUACAAGCGCGUCUUCAUAGAGGCUGCGGCCAAAGCCACCAAACUGGACGAGGCGCUGUCUCAGUAUUUUGGACAGGCAGCCCAACACGUGGAAGCGCAGGAGAUUUAUGCCGAAACGCCACUUCCGGUACGGAAAUGUCCUCACUGUAACCGGGAUAUGGUUCUGAAGACCAAAAGAGAUGGAGGGUUCUACAUUUCAUGCUUGGGAUACCCGUCUUGUAAGACCUCAAUCUGGUUCCCCAGUUCUGUCUUGGAGGUGUCGAGGGAUGAGAGCGUGUGUGACGUGUGCCGACCGCAUCCUGUACACAAGUUGAAGUUUAAGUUUAAGCGUGGCAGCGUCCCGCCAUUGAUGCCGCUAGAGUUCGUGGGGUGCAUUGGCGGUUGCGACGAAACUCUUCGAGAAGUCCUAGAUCUGAAAUACCUGCAGGGUGGCAACAGAACAGCCCCUCAGUCCGGCCCAAGGGAAAGAAACCACCUACAGGCGAACCAGUCCGGCAACCGUAUGGGCAACUCAAGAGACGGGCAAAGCCGCCAACCGCCCGCCAAGAAGGAGAGGAAUCCGAAAGUCGUGGCUCCUGCCGUACCGGCAUCCAGCGCGGAAAAUAACGAGGUGGUCUGCAACUGCGGGGUGAACGCUGUGCAACUGACUGUACGCAAGGAGGGGCCCAACCAGGGACGUCCAUUCUACAAGUGCGACGGAGGAAACUGCAACUUCUUCUUGUGGGCGGAUCAGGAGGGCGGGGCUGCCAGGAGUGCCCCGCCCCUGCAGAGCUCUGGAGGGCGACCCUCCAAUUCAUUCACUAGUGUACGGGAAUCCAGAGGUGGAAGCGGGGACGGGGGAUCGGAGGGUCAGACUAACUGUAUGUGCAAUCAGCCCUCGGUCACUCGUACGGUGCAGAAAGAGGGGGCAAACAAGGGCAGACAAUUCCACACCUGUUCCAAGCCCAGAGAGCAGCAGUGCGGGUACUUCCAGUGGGCGGACGAGAAUGCUCCACCAGGAGGUUCUGGCAACUUUCCCAGCGCAUUCGGAGGAGGCGCCCCAAUGCAACGAGGUUCCGGCACAAAGAGCAAACGGUCUGACUAUAAUUCUUCAGAUCGGGGGCCGACAGCCAAAAAGCCGCGGACUUGUGGAAUAUGUCACCAGCCCGGACACAACAGGACGAACUGUCCCCAGAACAGAUGAUGGGCCAACGUUUUAUGUGUGCUGUAUGUACAGGAACGGGGCAUCUCCCAGACUUCAUCCUGUUCACUUUAUCUGUUGUAUAGAUGUUAUACGUUUCGUACGUUGCAGAUCUUGACGGUCAGUUUCACGUAUGUGUGCUAUAGACCAGUAGUCUUCAAACUGUGGACCUCCAGAUGUUACCAAUCUACAAAUCCCAGCAUGCCCAGACAGCCACCGGCAUUCUGGGAGUUGUAGUUUUGCAACAUCUGGAGGACCACAGUUGGGAGACCACUGCCCUUUGUGCCCACUACUGAUCACCCAUCUGCCGGUCAACAAGGGUGAAGUGUUGCCAGAGCCCUAAAAUCACAGAGGGGUUAUCCAGGAAUAGAAAAGCGGAGCUAAUUUCUUCCAAAAACAGCGGCACCCCUCGGGUUGUGUGCGGUUUUACAACGUGUUUUACUCCAUUCACUUUAAUAAAAAAAUGAGCUGCAAUACCGCACACAACCUGAGAACAUGGGUGGCGCUCUUUUUGGAAGAAAUUAGCUUUGUAAGGUUUUUUUUAAUCCAGGAUAACCCCUUUUAAAACAUAUAAAAAAAAAAGUUACAUUUUAGGAGGGCGAGCCACUUUAUUUGUGGUUUUUUGUUUUCUUUAAAUUCAGUAAACUAGUGGUAAGUGAUGGGAAAAAGCCACGCUUCAGGUUUUUCCAGACCUAGCUCAUUGUUUCCCAACCGGGGGGCCUCUAGCUGGUGCAAAACUACUACUCCCAGCAUG